AGUCAGCCUUUCCUUCUUCACGUCGCAUAGAAGACCAGACCCAAGCCAUGACGACAGUUCAGAUUGGGCUGCCUCUACCAGUCCUUUCAAAGGACUGGUCUGCGCCGACUGAGUCCAACAAUACUCUCACCGCUGCGACCGAUCGCAACAUCGAGCCUGUUGGCCCGCAUUUCCUCGCGCAUGCCCGGAGGAAGCGACAUAAGCGCACCUUCUCCGAGGAUGACCGCAUCCAGGCUCAAACCAACGUCAAGAAGGUUGAGGAUGAAGAUGCUGGGGAGAUCAGCGAACCCGAAGAUCCUUUGAUGCUCUCCAGAGAUGCGAAAGACUGGAAGGGACAAGAUCACUAUGCUGUCCUUGGAUUGUCCAAAUACCGAUACAAAGCCACCGAGGACCAGAUCAAGCGCGCCCAUCGCAAGAAGGUCCUAAAGCAUCAUCCCGAUAAGAAGGCCGCAGCCGGUGGCACCGAGGACGACUCCUUCUUCAAGUGUAUCCAAAAGGCCACUGAAAUUCUCUCCGAUCCCGUCAAGCGUCGCCAAUUCGACUCCUGUGAUGAGAACGCCGACGUGGAGCCACCCUCUAAGAAGGAAACGCAAAAGGGCAACUUCUACAAGCUGUGGGGCAAGGUGUUUGAGGCCGAAGGUCGCUUCUCAAAAAACCAGCCUGUGCCUAAGCUUGGCAACGACAAGAGCACCAAGGAGGAUGUGGAGCAUUUCUACAACUUCUGGUACAACUUUGACAGCUGGAGGUCUUUCGAAUACCAGGACGAGGAUGUCCCGGAUGACAACGAGAACCGCGACCAGAAGCGUCAUGUGGAGAGGAAGAACCAGAACGCUCGUAGGAAGAAGAAGACGGAGGAUACCGCACGCCUACGGAAGCUGGUGGAUGAUGCUCUAGCACUGGACGAGCGAAUCAAGAAGUUCCGCCAAGCCGAGCACGCACAGAAGAACAAGAAGCGACUAGAAAAGGAGGCUGCGGCCAAACGCGAGGCCGAAGAAGCGGCAAAGGCUAAGGAGGAGGAGGCCAAGCUGAAGGCUGAGCAGGAGAUCGCUGAAAAGGCCGCGAAGGCUGAUGGCAAGAAGGCUAAGGAAGCUGCCAAGAACGCCGCAAAGAAGAAUAAGAGAGUGGUUCGUGGCGCCACGAAAGAGGCGAAUUACUUCCACAGCGGAGGAGCUGCUUCUGCGGCUCAGAUCGACUCUGCAUUGAACGACACCGACCUGAUUAUCACAAAGAUCGACAGCGAAGAGCUCGCUGCGUUGACAGCGAAGCUCAAUGGGAAGAAGGAUCUCGCAGAGAUCAAACAGAUAUUCCUGGACGAGAUCAAAACGCUUGUUAGUGCUGGAAAGUUGAAGGAGGGCGAGGCCAAGUCACUAGCAUGAUCACGGGUAGCAUUCGAUUGAGAUUUAGUACAUGGAUUGCGCUGGGAAACUGAUUUUGGAGAUUGGAAUGAACACUUUCUCGUCAACCCGCUUGCUACUUUGUCAGUGUUCGUUUGCCUGUUGUCUUUGUUGAUGACCGUGAUACCUCGUGAGCAAAUUACAGCCAACGAUAUCAACCUACUUUUCACAGCCUGAUUUGGUAUGCCAGGUAAUAACAUGCUAAAACCGAGUUUAGAUCGCACGGACUGGCUCCCGUUCGUAGAUUUUACCACCUAGUUACCUAAAUCAACCAUUUCCUUAGGCC